GGAUAAGGCGCUGGUCUACGGAACCAGAGAUUCUGGGUUCGAUCCCCAGUGAGAUCGUUUUGCUUUGCUGCUUGUUUUCAAAUAUCAGGGCUUCCAUGGCGAUGGUGCUCCAGGAAGAGCUGCGUCAGGUCUUCGAGGUGAUCGAAGCCAGGAGUUGCGCCAAUGACUUGAAUCUAGUGGUACAUCUCACUAAGGCAAGAUCGUUUUCAUUCAUGCAACUAAAGGACCCGGCUUCUUUUCUUCUUUUUCUUGUGCAGGCAACCAAGAUUCUCAAAGAAAUGGCACAAGACGAAUCAACCAAACUACAUUGUGAUGAUGCCCAAGGCAGUCGUCUUUACAAGCUCUUGGAAUCUCAUACAAACUUGCUUCUGAGCCUGUUACAUUGCCUGGAUGAUCCAUAUGUUGUUCAUUGUGCUCGCAAGACACUACUCGGUAUUUCCGACUACCUCUUACCAUAUAAAAAUUGGAGAACAUAUAUCCAGCUUCUGUGGACAGCCUCUCGAUCGCCAACGACGGAUGUGCUAUUACUCUUCCGUGACAUUUUCAAGCUUUGUCACGAGAGAAGAAGGCCGAGCGCUACCGAGGUUCUUGUGGAGUGUCUGGGAUGCAACAUGUCUCUGUUGAUCACUGAUCACCCUUCUGGCUUGUACUGGGGCGCUUUUCUCAGGCUGCUGAUUACUUCAGUACGGAUUCUCCAACGGCAAGAGGAAACUGUUCUAAGUUCGUCUUUUCUGGCGAGACUAAAGGAUGUGCUACCGUCAGUCGCGAAAAACUUUUCUCGUGAAGAUUUUACUAGUGCAAGAUACGCCAAGUACAAAUCACUGGUGCUACUGCUCAAACUGUCAGAGUUUGGUGAUCCCGAAGUGUCACUUUGUUCUUUGACGCUUCUUUCCACUGCAGAGCCUGGACUUUUACAGCCUUCGUUGCGGACAUCUCCAAAACUGACUCAGUCCUCACCAUUUCAAAACAGCGAUGAUGCAUCGCCGGAACUACAAAGGCGUGCCAUACUCAUUUUGUUGAAGAGCGUGAUCACAGCGAAGAAAACUGUUUCCGAAGAUGUGAACAAACUUGCAGAGAAAGUUUUUCUUGACUGGCUCGCAGGUGAAGACGAAACCCAUGGUGCUAUGGAUGAUCUCCUCUUGUCACUGGUGCACUUGUACGUGGACGAGGACGAUAUGCUGCUCAACCUUCUCGUAACUUUCAUGGACUUCCAAUCUGAUUGGUACAAAACCAACCACUAUCAAGCAUUUUUCUGCUUUAUUUGUCCUCGGCGAGUUUUCCAUCUAUUCCUUGGAGCGAUAUGUUAUGAUCACACCGUGUUGAUCGACUUGCUUAUCUCUGAGACUUCCGGGGUAUCAUGUAUUCACUACUUGCUCAGAUGCUUGAGAGUGAUUGGAGACGACUGGGCUGAGUUCCUGCUGAUACCUCGGAAGAUGAAUACCUACAGCCUUGAAACGAGGAAGAGAAAACGUGUCGACGAGCUUCCACUGGUCCAUGAAGUCUCGAGUGAGCGGGCAAAGCUUUGCCUCGUUCAUCUCCAUGGCUCUAUUCAGCGGCUGCAUGCCAGGAACUUAUUUCCAUACAAUGCUGGCCCGCUUCUUCAAAGGCUCGCUGGGUGUAGCAAGCUUUGAACGUGGUCAAAUGACACAAGAACACAACAGGCCUCGUUUGGUAGUUGAAGAGCAUUCUCAAAUGAAUCGAGAAGCGCUCGCCCGAGAAAUGGAGAAAAGCUCGCAGAUCGACGAGGAAGAUUCACGCCGGAAAAGCUCAACCAAAAGAGAGAUAUCGAAACUCUCACUCACUCUCUCUCUCUCUCUCUCUCUCUCUCUCUCUCUCACACACACUCACACACAGAGAUUAAAAAUGAAUAUAUACUUAAUUCCACUUUUAAA